GCGCACAAGAAGGGGACGGGCUCCACGAAGAACGGACGCGACUCGAACCCGCAGUACCGCGGCGUGAAGAAGUACGGCGGCGAGCAGGUCGUCACCGGGAACAUCAUCAUUCGCCAAGUCGGGAACAAGGUGCACGCGGGCCCGGGCGUCGGCACUGGGAAGGACUUCACCCUGUUCGCGCUCAGAGACGGCGAGGUUCUCUUCAAACCGGGCGCGAACGGCAAGAAGACCGUCCGCAUC